AUGUCCCCAAACGGCGAUGCAUCUAGUGGACGUCCAUUAUGCCACUGUGGUGUUCCUGCCUAUUUAUGGAACUCUUGGACAAGUGCCAAUUUCGGUAGAAAGUGGUACGGAUGUGUAAAUUAUAAGAAACCUGGUGAUUGUGGGCUUUUUGAGUGGGCUGAUCACGAAAUGUGCAUUUAUGAAAAAAGUUUGAUGGAGCGGCUGAAGGACAAAGAAGAGGGAAUGAGGGUUGAAAUUGCUAGACUCGAAAAAUUGAUGGAAACAGAAUCGACAAAAUACAAGGCGAAUAUGGAGAGUCAAUUUUCCCAAUUUCAACUGCAGUUAGAUUUGUAUCAAACUAAGGAGAAGGCGUACCAAUCUAGAGAGAAAUUGUACCAGGCUGCUUUAGUUUUUAUUAUUUUGCUUUUGCUAUUUUAUGUUUGUGGUUACAACAAUAAUAGUAGUUGUGAGAUGUGUUAA